GGGCCUGCGCUGGGCCUGGCGCGAGGGGCGCGGCCCCGGCGCCAGAGACGGCGUUGCUGUGGACCGGGACGCGCCAUGUGCGGCAUCUUUGCUUACCUGAACUACCAUGUUCCCCGGACGAGACGGGAGAUCCUGGAGACCCUCAUCAAGGGGCUGCAGCGCCUGGAGUACCGGGGCUAUGACUCUGCAGGUGUGGGACUGGAUGGUGGAAAUGACAAAGACUGGGAAGCCAAUGCUUGCAAAAUCCACAUUAUCAAGCAGACGGGGAAAGUGAAGGCUCUGGAUGAAGAGGUUCACAAGCAACAGGACAUGGACCUGGACAUCGAGUUUGACGUUCACCUGGGGAUCGCUCACACGCGCUGGGCCACGCACGGGGAGCCCAACCCUGUCAACACCCACCCGCAGCGCUCCGACAAGAACAAUGAGUUCAUCGUCAUCCACAAUGGCAUCAUUACCAACUACAAGGACCUGCAGAAAUUCCUGGAGAGCAAGGGCUACGACUUCGAGUCGGAGACGGACACCGAGAGCAUCGUCAAGCUGGUCAAGUACAUGUACGACAACCGCGACAGCGACGACAUCAGCUUCUCCACGCUGGUGGAGAGGGUCAUCCAGCAGCUGGAAGGUGCUUUUGCCCUCGUGUUCAAGAGUGUUCAUUACCCUGGGCAGGCAGUUGGUACCAGGAGAGGCAGCCCCCUGCUCAUCGGCGUGCGCAGCGAGCACAAGCUCUCCACUGACCACAUCCCCAUCCUGUACCGCACAGCUGUACAAUCUAUGGAUCAUUCUUUUGAGGGAAUAUCCAUAAAAAUGGAGGAAGGGAAAGACAAGAAGGGAAGCUGCAAUCUGUCCCGAGUGGAUAGCACCACUUGCCUCUUCCCUGUGGAGGAGAAAGCUGUGGAAUACUACUUUGCUUCUGAUGCCAGUGCCGUCAUCGAGCACACCAACCGCGUGAUCUUCCUGGAGGACGACGACGUGGCGGCUGUGGUGGACGGGCGUCUGUCCAUCCACCGCGUCAAGCGCACGGCCGGCGACCACCCGGGCAGGGCCGUGCAGACCCUGCAGAUGGAGCUGCAGCAGAUCAUGAAGGGUAACUUCAGUUCAUUCAUGCAGAAGGAAAUAUUCGAACAGCCAGAAUCCGUCGUUAAUACGAUGAGAGGAAGGGUCAACUUUGAUGACUACACUGUGAACCUGGGUGGGCUGAAGGACCACAUCAAGGAGAUCCAGAGGUGUCGGCGUUUGAUCCUCAUCGCCUGUGGCACGAGUUACCAUGCAGGAGUGGCAACCCGCCAGGUGCUGGAAGAGCUGACCGAGUUACCGGUCAUGGUGGAGCUGGCCAGUGACUUCCUGGACAGGAACACCCCCGUGUUCAGGGACGACGUCUGCUUCUUCCUCAGCCAGUCAGGGGAGACAGCAGACACCCUGAUGUGCCUUCGGUACUGCAAGGAGAGGGGAGCCCUGACCGUGGGCAUCACCAACACUGUGGGCAGCUCCAUCUCCCGCGAGACCGACUGCGGCGUGCACAUCAACGCGGGCCCCGAGAUCGGCGUGGCCAGCACCAAGGCCUACACCAGCCAGUUCGUGUCCCUGGUGAUGUUUGCCCUGAUGAUGUGUGACGACAGGAUCUCCAUGCAGGAGCGGCGCAAGGAGAUCAUGCGGGGACUGAAGGGGCUGCCAGACUUGAUUAAAGAAGUGCUGAGCAUGGAUGAUGAGAUCCAGAAGCUGGCCACAGAGUUGUACCAUCAGAAGUCUGUCCUCAUCAUGGGCCGUGGCUACCACUAUGCCACAUGUCUGGAGGGAGCCUUGAAAAUUAAAGAAAUCACCUACAUGCACUCGGAAGGGAUCCUGGCUGGGGAGCUGAAGCACGGGCCCCUGGCUCUGGUGGACAAGCUCAUGCCUGUGAUCAUGAUCAUCAUGAGAGACCACACCUAUGCCAAGUGCCAGAACGCUCUCCAGCAGGUCAUUGCACGGCAGGGCCGACCCGUGGUGAUCUGUGACAAGGAGGACAUCGAGACCAUUAAGAACAACAAAAGAACAAUCAAAGUUCCCCACUCAGUGGACUGUCUGCAGGGGAUCCUGAGUGUGAUCCCCCUCCAGCUGCUGGCCUUCCACCUGGCCGUGCUCAGGGGCUACGAUGUUGAUUUUCCAAGAAAUCUGGCCAAGUCCGUAACUGUAGAGUGAAAGAUCAUCUGAAUCAUAGGGGCAAAGGGGAAUUAAAUGAAAGACUUUUUUUUUGGUACCAAAAUAACUCGAUUUUAAAGCCCCCUAGGUAAAUCUUAUUUUGGUAAAUCUUUCUUUGUGUAUAAGAUCACCAUAAUUCCAUUACAUUAGUGAUUGUCCAGUUGAUUCCACAUGCUAUGUCAAUGCCUCUGGGUUUUUCUGAUCAAUAGACUUCCAUGAAAGAUGUUAAAUGGUUUUCCUUAAAGAUUGCUGAGUCUUGUAGGUAAGGGGCCCUCCACUUUACCCUGAGCUGAUAUCAUUGUCUCUUACCCAGUGUGGCUCAUUCCAGUCACUGAUGAGAAACCUCUGAAGGAAUUAAUCAAUGCCUUGUCAUGCUCCCAGGCAGUGAAGCAGGACACCAGAACACACAACUGGAACAAGAGCUGGUACCGGUCAUGCUCGUGCUGAUAUUUUACCAGUGAAGGAAACUGCAGGCCAGCCUUUGGGGUAAAUUCCUGCCUCAGGUGCAAAAGGGAAUUCAGCUGAGCUGUCACAGCCUCCUCGCUCCUGGGCACACGGGGGAUGUGCCCAGGAGAUAAUGCUGCUCCAGAAGGGUUUUACCUAUGCCAAAAACAUAGCAAGUGACAAUCUCGUAGCCACGGUGGCCACAGCGCCGUGUGACCCCAGCCUGACCAGUGGGACCCUCCCAGCUGGGACUGGGAGCUCUGGCUGACCGGUGGGGUGAGGGCAAAGAGGAGUGACUGCUGCUCGUGCUGAGCUGGUGUCUGUCCAUGCUGGUGCUUGUCUGGGGUUUUUUGAAACAAGUGGAAGUUUUCCUGUGCUGAGGAUUUUCCCUUCAAACUGAGGGGCACUGGGCGCUGUGAGCACACCUGAGUGACCCAGCUCUGUGCACACAUCUGAAGGGGAUAAAAAGGCUCCAUAAACACAACAGGAAUAAAUACCUGGCUAAUAUUUCUGUAACAAGCUUGAAGAGAAUCAAAAAUUACACAGAAAAGAUAUCUUCAGGACUCAAAACCUGACUUUUUCAGUCAUCAGAGGGCAGAUAUUAUGUAUUUCCUAAUGUGAAAAGGUGAAUUCUCUCCCAUCUUGCUGGGUUUUGAAUUAGCUUUACACAGGCACCAUAAAACCAUGCCACAAUGUUGCUGGUGAAAUUACAAAAUGGUGCUGGAGAAUAUUCCAAGUCAUUUACUGCCCAUGAAAAAUGGCUUUAGCAAAUGCAGUGCCUGGGGACUGCCCAGUGCCCUGCCAACCCCAGUUGCCCUGGCACAGGGUGCCAGUGCUGAGCAGCCACGACCCAGGCUGGUCCCUGGCUGCCCUGAGCAAGGUAUUCCCAAAGAAUCUGUGGCAAUUUCUGCUUUGUAUAAACCCCCAGGGACAAUUUCACUUCAAUUUGGUGUCAGCUCAAGGCUCAGUUUCGUUAUGAGAAUGAAAUACUGCAUGCCUGGAAACAGCUUCUCAAAGCCAGUGUAUGUGUUUAUUAAUCUGUCAUAUUCAGACUAUUAAUUUAUGAAUACAUUGUGCUGCCAGUGUCUGUUUAAGAGCAAAGCAGUAAAUGCUGCAUUUUAGUUCAGCAAAUGCUGGGGGUGUGAGGCACUGCCCUGUGCCAGCUGUGCCUCUGCCUAAACAUAACCUGCAGCCCUCCCUGCUUCAUUGGAGGAUGAUAAUUGUCCUUAAGGAGAAAACAAGGCAGGUGCAAUGCUCACGGCUGGGAGACAGCUCCUCUUCCUCUUCCUCCUCCUCCUCCCACCAGCUUGCUUAAGAGAACUGUGCAGGGCUGGGUGCAGGCCUGGGUCCCCGGUGUCCCCCUGGCACCAUCCUUUGUUCUCAGAACGGGAUCUCACGUCAAACAGCCCCAUAAGGGAAGUUUUUAAGGCGCUUUUUCUCUGCCUGCAGCCAGCAUUGCUUUUACCCUGCCUUGCACAGAGGGCAGACACCCCUGUGAACACAAGCUGCUGUUCAGUAGAAGUGUUUUAGUGCGAGCUGUUACACGUUUGUGAAAGUUGUGUACAAAGAGGACCAAAGAACAGGAGUCUGAGUUAGAAAUGUCCAGUCUGACAGUGAAGCUGUAGAGGUCGUGCUGAGCUCUCUGGGUUUGUGCUCUGCCAGACAAAUCCUCGUUCCUCGUAGCUGGAGGCGUUGAUGGGUCAGGGGAACAGGUGGUGCCCAGCCCCUCCUCCUGCCAGCAAACUGCCUGCAGUGUCAAACUCUGCCUGCCAAAACUGAGGGCUCGGAGCUGUGCAGUGAGGCUGAUGGAUGCUGUAGGCUCAGUCUCAAAGGAUGCUCUGGAGCACACCUGUAUGAAGAAUUUCUCUGCUCAGCGUGGCAGGGAUCCUGUUAAGCAUCUCGUUGUCGUUGCCAUGCGGUGUGAAGUGAGAAUGUACAAAGGACUCUUUCUAGCUUUCCUUACCUCAUUUUGUCCACGUGUUGCAUUUCGAUGAACAGAUGAUGUUUCUCUUUUCCUUAGAAAACUUUUAGGAUGUCUCGUGGUAUUUAUUAACAGCCAGUCAGUCUUCUGCUCUCCCAAAUGAAUGUUUUGCUUACUGAGCCAGUGAAAUUUUCUCCUUCCUUAACUGAGGUGUUGAAAAAUUCAGUAGCCCUGUCUCUAAAAUUGAGCCACAGGUAAGCACAAAAUACAGAUCAAGGCCUUUGCCGUCUGGAAUAGCAGCUUCUAUUCCUGCCUACUUUGGUCAUAGUUCAUUUUGGUGUAACUCUGCUCCUCACCUGCAGAGACUCAGGCAGAAGCCCUGAGGUCUUGGGGGGUUUUUAAUUACCAAAGAUGAGAGAGCUCCCAGCUCAGCAUGUUUUCUGCCCAGCAGUUCUCACACAGAUUCCACACACAUGGAAGUUCAGCUGCACAUGGAAUAUGCUGCAGCCAGAAAGGUUUUUUUUCCCCUGGCUCUGCUGCAGAAGGGCUGUGGGCAGUUUUUCCCCAGAUUUGCCAUAGUCAGCACUCUGUGCACGUUCUUACCAAGAGCCCAUUGGUGCCUGGGGGCUGUCCCUGGGCAGGGCCAUCUCCUCUGUGAGGUGGGGACACCCUUCUGUCCAAAAAGCUGCCUGGACACCCUGUGUUGGGUCAGGCUCAACCCUCUGUGCUGAGAGAGCCAAAACAUCACCCAGAGCCUUUCCCAGCCACGUGGGAUGGAGCUCGUUGGCCUCACACAGAAUUCUCAGUCUGGAGUUAAUCCCAGCCCAGACACAAAGCUGUGGUGGAGCUGCAGAGUGAAGCCUCUAAAGGUACAAAUCAAACCCACACCAGUGCAGAACUGGGCCUUUCCCCUCCCUGGCUGUCCCUAGGAGUCCUUUAUGCCACAAGCAAGGUGCCUGGUGGCCGUGUUGGAUGGAGGGAGAGACUGAAGUAGUUUAAGUAGCACAUCAGUGUUUAGCUGUGGCUAAUUUUAGAUCCUACCUGAAUGUACCAAACUUGCCUCAAAGCAUGGAGUCCCUCCUCUUCACCAGAAAUGGGAAGAAGAAGAAGAAACAGAAGUGUUUGGGUUGUGUGGGGAGAAAAAAAAAAAAAAAAAAAAAAAGAAGAAAGAAAACUAUUUGCCUUCAAUUUAGUUUCUGUAAAUAGACAUUUGAGUGGCAAACCCACAUUUCCCCCCUUGUAGAUUCUCUGCCUCUGCUGUACAUAUCCAGCUGGCUUGGUUUGUGGGGACCAGACUGUGCCGUGUUUCUGUCGUGUGCUGUAUGCAGAAGAUGUCUUACUUCUGUCCGUAGUGUUCUAUAAUUUGGGUUUUGUCUCUUUGCUUACUUUUUUUGUAUCUCACCCUUUGAAUAAAAUCAAGUGCCCUACAUUAAACAAA